AUUCCAUAGUUAAGGUGACUGCAAACAUAUACAAUCAUAGCUCUGAGGAUGAUCCAGAUAGGUUUGACAAUAUUUCCACAUUUCCUUUAUGUUUAUAAUCACUCCCAUUCGAAUUCAGAUUGUUUUGGGCAGUAAGUGUUCUGAACAGAGAUCAUUUUAUGUCGGAUUUCUGCAGUUUUACUAUGUGAACUCAUAGGGCCGCUGUUGACCAGAGUGUCGACGGCUGGCAGCAGGGCUGUAACAGCACCUCCCAUGUAACAUCGACAUAAUAAAGAAAGAGCACGACGGGAAAGAACGAAUACUCGAGACAUGUAGAUUUUUUUAAACGGAGACGUCGACCUUUGGGACUUUAUUUCUCUUAUGUGGAUUACAUGCGCUACAUUAACGUUUGAUACUGGAAUCGAUAACAGUUUUAUGGGAUAUAAACACGCUGAAUCAAUCGGAAACCAUUCGGGUAGAACAAUGGCAAGGCAAGUGCUGCAGUUUAUGUGUCUCCUCUCCUUUGGCGUUGUGCUCGGGCAGGUCAGCUACACUAUUCCAGAGGAAAUGUCCAAGGGUUCUUUAGUGGGCAAUCUUGCACAAGAUUUAGGUUUACAAACCAAACGUCUAGUAUCAGGUAAAGCUCGAAUCUAUACCCGAGACAGCGAUGAGUACAUCGAGCUGAACAGAGAGAGAGGAGUCCUCCUUGUUAAACAGAGAAUCGACAGAGAGGCGCUCUGCAAACAGACGACGCCUUGUGCUUUACAUUUCCAGAUUAUUUUGGAGAAUCCUAUGGAAUUUUACUCGGUCACAGUUCAGAUCACAGAUAUCAAUGAUAAUGCACCAACCUUUGAAAAAAAUGAGAUGAAAUUCAAAAUAAGCGAGUCAGCGGUGAUCGGAGCAAAAUUUGUACUGGAAAGAGCAGUGGAUCUUGAUGUUGGAAUCAACGAUCUCAAAAACUACGAAUUAAAACCAACUGAUAAUUUUGCUCUGAAACUGCGCAACAACGCUGAUGGAAAUAAAAACGUUGAGAUGGUUUUACAGAAGCCUUUAGACAGAGAGAAACAAGAGCAGAUAAAUCUGGUGUUAACGGCUGUAGAUGGAGGAGAGCCGCAGAUGUCAGGAACAAUGCUGAUUGUUAUUACAGUUUUAGACGCUAAUGAUAAUGCCCCUGUUUUUACACAGUCCACAUACAAAGCUACUGUUUAUGAGAACUCACCGAAAGGCACAGUUGUUGCUACUGUUUCAGCCUCAGAUGCAGAUCAGGGUUCAAACGGUAAAAUCACUUAUUCAAUCACAAAUACGUUAGAUGAUGUAAGGAAAGUAUUCGAUGUAGAUGGGGAAAACGGCGAUGUUAUCUUGAUUGGAAACUUAGAUUUUGAAGAGUCGCGAAACUAUCAAAUACAUUUACUUGCUAGUGAUGAGGGAGGACUCACAGAUUCUUGUAAAUUAAUUGUCGAUGUGCAAGAUGUAAAUGACAAUAAACCUGAAAUUGACAUAAUGUCAAAGUCGACUGUUAUAUCAGAGGAUGCUAAACUCAAUACAGUUGUUACGAUGAUAAACAUCGAAGACAAGGAUUCAGGAGAAAACGGCAACGUGAAAUGUUUUAUCAACGAAAAUAUUCCAUUCAUUUUAAAGACAACAAAUAAUUUCUACAGUUUAUUGACAGACAGUGAUUUAGACAGAGAGAUCGCUUCUCAGUAUAACAUAACUGUGACCUGCUCUGAUGAGGGAGUGCCCUCCCUCUCCAGCAGCGUCACUCUCACCUUACAGAUCUCUGAUGUGAAUGAUAACGCGCCUGUCUUUGAGAGGAGCUCAUAUGAGGCCUACAUUGUAGAAAACAACACACCAGGCCUCUCUAUAUUCACAGUGAGAGCCAGAGACGCUGACUGGAACCAGAAUGCCCGUGUUUCUUACAUACUGGAGGACUCCUCUGUUAACGGAGUGCCAGUCUCCUCAUAUGUGUCCGUUAGUGCUGAUAGUGGAGUCAUCCAUGCAGUGCGCUCUUUUGACUACGAGCAGAUCAAAGACUUCCAGUUCCGCGUCAAAGCUCAGGAUGGAGGCUCCCCUCCACUCAGUAGCAAUGUGACUGUGAAACUAAUGAUCCAGGACCAGAACGACAACCCUCCUCAGGUCCUGUACCCAGUCCAGACUGGAGGCUCUCUGGUGGCUGAAAUGGUGCCUCGUUCAGCAGAUGUGGGCUAUCUGGUGACUAAAGUGGUGGCUGUUGAUGUGGACUCUGGACAGAAUGCCUGGCUCUCCUAUAAACUGCAGAAAGCCACAGACAGGGCGCUGUUUGAAGUGGGCUUACAGAAUGGAGAAAUAAGAACUAUCCGCCAAGUGACUGAUAAAGAUGCUGUGAAACAAAGACUGAGUGUUAUAGUGGAGGACAACGGGCAGCCCUCUCGUUCAGCUACAGUCAUUGUUAACGUGGCGGUGGCGGACAGCUUCCCUGAAGUGCUGUCUGAGUUCACUGACUUUACACACGACAAGGAGUACAAUGACAACCUGACUUUUUACUUAGUGUUGGCUUUGGCUGUAGUUUCCUUCCUCUUCAUCACGUGUUUAGUGGUUAUUAUCUCAGUGAAAAUCUACAGAUGGAGACAGUCUCGCAUCCUGUAUCACUCCAGCCUGCCUGUGAUUCCAUAUUAUCCACCACGUUACUCAGACACUUUGGGGACAGGGACUCUCCAACACGUGUACAAUUACGAGGUGUGCAGGACGACUGACUCCAGAAAGAGUGACUGUAAGUUCGGCAGAGCCGGAAGUCAGAACGUGCUGAUAAUGGACCCCAGUUCUACAGGGACGAUGCAGCGGAUACAGAGUGAGAAGAGCAUCCUGGAUGAACCAGACUCUCCUCUGGAGGUUAGAAAAUCCCCCCUUUUUUAUGUUGAAGCCUCGUGUGUAAAUGUGUGUCUGCUCCCUAACAACAGGAUUUCAGCACCUCGGACAGAGGCAGUACUUCGACCCGCCUGACCACUUCCACACUAUCUUUUUUACUGUCAUACAUUUCUAGCAUUGUGUUUUCAUUCGUGUGCUAAUCUUUUAUUUAUUUUUGUAUUUGCUAUUUUUUUAAACAUUCUAUCUAUGUGAUGUGUUGAGGGAGG